AUGGAUCUCUUUAACCAACUCUCCUUUUGGUCCUGUGACCCAUACUUCAGAAAUGUGCAGGAGGCAAGGCUAGAAGUGAACAUUGACACAGCCCUUGUUCGGCGGCAGCUUCAACAACAGUGGGUUUCCGAUGACAAUGCUAUUAAUGCCACCAACAAUACACAGCAUCAGGCUGUCAACAAUGAUCUCAAUGAGACUGCAGUAGGAGGGGCAACAGCAGGACGGAGAUUCCUCAUGCACGACAACAAGCAGGAUAGACUCCCCUUCGAGGCACUGCAGCGGAGUCUAAUAAGCAACUCUUCUUCCUGUAUCUGCCCUAGUGAGGGGAACCGCAUUGAUGAAUUCUCGAAGGACGACUUCCUUGACUACUUCAAUGACUUGAUUGUCCAGCUGCAGGAGGGUGGUAGCCUGGAGACAGUCACAGGUGUUGGGAAGAUCCAAGAGGGACAAGAUGUGGAUUGUUCGGGAGAGCUAAAGACCUUUACCACAACUGUCUUUGUGGAUGUCACCGCAAAUCUUGAUGAGAUUGGCGAAGAUGAGAAGCUUCUUUUGGAGGAAACUUUCAAAUCUUCGUACAAUGGGCUGACCUUCUCUGUUUGUGAUUCCUACUUUCGAACUGUAGCUGAUGCCAGUUUAGAGGAACAAGAUGUCACAUCCUGGUACAAUGGGAGACGCCUUCAGGAAAUGC